AUGUGCGGGUGCGCGGCGGCGAUCGCGCGGGCGGUCGUGGACUUCCUCGACGCCGUCCUCGUCGCCUGCUUCCGCUCCUGGUUCCGCACCGGCCCCGUCGCGGCCCACCGGGAUCCGCCCGUGCACAGGGAUCGGCUCGGAGGGGUGCUCUCGGACGAGGAGAAAGGUUUUGGAACGAGCAAAGGGUCGGACGAGCAUUUGGGAGAUGAUCGUGGCAUCGACAAUCAGCUCAGGCAAGAGGCAGAUUACCUCAAGUUAUGUGGCACAAUAUCUCAAACCCCGGCUGAACUCCAAAAUGCUUCACCUGAUAUUAAUUUGGAAAUCGCUAAUGAGGUGGGGAAAAUAUCUGGAAUAGGAGCAACAUCAGUAUCUGAAUUUAAUUCAUCUGAAUGCUUCAAAUGUGAGGAGGAUCAUACUUUGAUGACUGAAAUUGAAGUUCCACGAGUUGAAUCAGUUGAUUCGGUUCCUCAAUCAGUUCUCCGUGAGAAGUCGCCAUUUUGGAGCAUCAAAAACAGGUUUUCUGGUUCCAGUGGCUCACCCUGCCCGACACCUUUGGUUCUCAGCGAUGAUAUGCAGACGCCUGGAACAAUUUAUACUUCACAUACAGGGUCUUCUAUGUCUAGAAAGCGUGUGCGCACCCGCAAACAGUUUGUCUAUCCUGUCUUGAGACCCAUAGAGAACAGGCUUCAUCCGAUGGAACUGACAGGAGAUUCUCUACCAAUGCUUCCCUCGAAUACGCCUAGACAGAUAAAUUCGAGAGCAGAUUAUGUCAAGAAACCGCACAAGACCUCUUCAAAUUCAGUGGCUAAGGUGGGAUUUUCAAAAUCUCCACCAAUCUGUUUUCCCAAUGAGAAUGCUCUGUGCCAAGAAAAAGAAACACACUCUCCUGAGGAGUUGAAGUACCAAAUCAGCAGCCCAAAGUCUAAUUCGGAUGAAAAGCAUGCUGCAUUGAGCCUGGCUCACUGGCUUAAACCUCCAUCCCCAGAAGGUGAGAAUCAAGGUGCUGUCCGUUCACCAGCUUCCGACAAAUUGCAUGAUGAGAACGCACCUAUGAUGAGUCCUGUCUUUACAUCAGCUUCUGAAAUGAACACAGAUGUUGAGAAUCCUAGUCCAGAAUUAUGCAAGGCAUGGGAUGGCAACUGCAUUCCAAACACAACUACUAAGUACAAGGAGGAUCAGAAGGUCAGCUGGCAUGCCACACCAUUCGAGGAAAGGUUGCUGAAGGUUCUAUCUGAUGAACCUAACCCUCCAAGAAAACUUAUCAGAGGAAACCUGUUCCAUGUCGAGGAAACUUGCUAG